AAAAAUUGAUUUAAUAAUAAUAAAAAAAUAAGAAGAGUGAUUUUACUUUUGAGGAUAUUUUAUUCAACAUGGAUAAGUAUUAAAUUGUGGACAAUAUUUAUGUUAAAGUAAUUCAUUUAACAUGAAAUUUCGAUAUUAAAUUCAUCUAUUGAAUCCAUCUUAUUAUUCAAUGAACAUGCGGUUUUGGAAUAAUGCAUUAUGUGGAUUUUGUGCUUAGAUUACGAAAGUUUUCACUGGCAAGCUUGCGUUCCUCAUUCUAUUCCUCAUGAUAUUAUUUGUUCAAAUAAUUGCAUAUGGAUGGCGAUCUGUUCAACGGGUGUAAAUCUUAAUUUUAUAACAAUCAUCAUUUGUUAUAUGCUAUUCAUUUUAUGCGGAAAACAGUUAAACAACAGUUUAUAUAUCAAAGAAAAACGACACUUGUUGGAAUUUAUCGACAGCAAACAGCUAGUCCGACAUGUCAGUAAUUACAGUCAGAACAAAUCUCUUCAACUCAAACUAAACAUGCCUAAUGAUAGAAAACGUUACGUAAAGACAUUUAAAAAUUACUCAAAUAUGAGAAAUAAAGAUUCGUUCGGAACUCAAUAUGAAGAUUAUUCAUCCGAAAAUUAUCGUUUAGACCAAAAGCUAUCAAAGAAACAAGAAAUUCGUCAUCAGUCUAGUCCAUAUUUCAGUAUACACAAAUCUAAUAUUUCUUUGAUGAAUCCAUCUCACAAAACAAAAUCCGUUCUAAAUAUGCUUCCGAAUCUUUUAUCAUCAUCUACACGUUUUCAUUCUACAACAUCAAAGCCAUCAUCUUCGUCAUUGUCCCAUGCAAGCACUGAAAGCGAACCGUAUUUUGACCCGAAUCAAUCUGUGUAUAUAACUACAAUUAGAAAUUCUACAGCUCUGAUCCCUUGCAAAGUAAAAGAUAUUGAUUUCUCCUCGACAGUUAUGUCUUGGUGGAAAGAGGAUUUACCAAUGCCAUUGACAGUAGGUAAUGAAAUAUCACUUCCUCGUUAUGAAAUUGAUCGUACGGAUCCUGGGUCUUGGACAUUGUUGAUAUUUCAUGUCACUGAAGCUGAUAGUGGAACAUAUAUUUGUCAAAUUAAUCUAGCCAAUAUAAAAGAGAAAUUUUUCUACCUCAAAGUUAUUGCUCAGAAAAAUGAACCAGAUAUGACAAAAUUAAAUGACGAAUACGUCAGAGAUGAUAUAGCGCAAAACACAUUAUGGAGAGCAUCGAGUAACCAAAAAAGUGUUCAUCUUUUUAAUAAUCCUGGUCAGAAUCACUUUUUGACGUGUCUAGUUCAAUUUCGUCAUCCAAGUACAACAUCAUCUAUUCAAUGGUAUUACAAUGGAAAUAGAAUACAUCCCACAUUAGAAAAUAAUCAUUUGAAAAUGAAACAAUUAUCUGUAGAUAUACAAACUAAAUGGAUUAAUCAAACAACACAAAUGAGUAAAUUAAAAAUUGGACAAUUAACAAAAAACCAUUCCGGUAUAUGGACUUGUCGCAAAGUUCCUGGGACUCAUUUGGAAUCAUUGGAGGAGAGUUCAUUGGAUUUACAGACAGCAAAUUUUAAAACCGAUCGUACGGAUCCGGAUGAUUCUUUCAAUUAUAAUACUGGAAAAUCUUCAGAGAUACGAUUAUUACCUUUCGGUAUUCUCUCAUAUUUCUUGUAUUUUCACAUUAUAUUUCUCAUUUUGUGUUAUUUCAGUGUAUAAUUCCUUACAAACGUGAAUUAUUGCCAGAUUUGUUAGAUUUCUAAUUCAUUGAAUAUAAAAAAAAUUUAAUUUUGAUAUGCGCUUAAACUAGAUAUCAACAAACAUUAUUUCAUGCUUUUACA